AUGGGCUCGGUGCACGCCUCCGGCACCGCGGACAUCACCGUUGCCAGCCUGCAAAGCAUUACCUCGGGCGACCGCCUAGGCAAGUUCGACCCGCGGCGCUUCAAGCUUAUCCUCGUUGACGAGGCACACCAUAUCGUUGCACCGGGCUAUAUGCGUGUCCUCCGCCACUUCGGGCUUGAUACAAAGCGCGCCGACUCCCCGGCUCUGGUCGGCGUGUCCGCCACCUUUUCCCGGUUCGACGGGUUGAAGUUGGGGGCCGCCAUCGACCAAAUCGUCUACCAUAAGGACUACGUUGAUAUGAUCGGCGACAAGUGGCUAUCUGACGUGGUCUUCACGACCGUAGAUUCGUCGGCCGAUAUAUCCAAGGUCAAGAACGGCGUCAACGGGGACUUUCGGCCAGGGGAUCUUUCCCGUGCCGUCAACACGGAUCAAGUCAAUGAGAUCACCGUUCGGAGCUGGUUGGCCAAGGCGUCGGGCCGGAAGUCUACCCUUGUGUUUUGUGUCGACCUCGCACACGUCGGCGGGCUGACGCAGGCGUUCAGGAAGCACGGCUACGAUGCCAGGUUCGUAACGGGUGACACGCCCAAAGUAGAGAGAAGCGAGAUCCUCGAAGCGUUCCGGAAGGGUGAGUUUCCCGUACUUGUCAACUGCGGGGUCUUCACCGAGGGCACCGACAUCCCCAACAUCGACUGCGUGGUCCUCGCCCGGCCGACGCGAUCCAGGAACUUGCUAGUCCAGAUGAUUGGGAGAGGGAUGAGGCUUCAUAAAGGAAAGACCGAUUGCCAUGUCAUCGACAUGGUAUCGAGCCUGGAGACCGGCAUCGUCACCACGCCGACGCUGUUCGGUCUCGACCCCCAUGAGCUCGUCGACAAGGCAUCGGCGGCGGAUCUGAACGAGAUCAAAGACCGGAAAGAGGCGGAGCGUCUCCGGCAGCAGCACGCCUACUCCGACGCCCCGGAUCCUCAACCUGCCACCGCGUCCGCUUGUUCGGUUACUUUCACCGACUACGGCUCCGUUUUCGAUCUUAUCGAGGACACCUCAGGCGAGAAACAUAUCCGGGCCAUCAGUCAGUACGCCUGGGUACAGGUCGGCGCUGACAAAUACGUCCUCUGCGCCCCGAAUGGAUCCUUCAUCCGUCUGUCCAAGAUGGAAACGGACGCCACCGAAACCCAGGCGCAACAACAACCUCCCCUCUGGGUCACCGUCGAAGUCCGCGCACUGCCCGCAGGCGUCGCCAAAUCACCCUAUGCCGCGCCUCGCGAGCUCCUCAGGGCGACCACCUUCGCCGAUGCCGUCCACGGCAGCGACAAGUACGCCUCCGAGACCUUCCCGCAUGUCUUCAUCCACCGGUACCAGCGGUGGCGGAAAGGCCCGCCCACGCCCGGCCAGCUCGAGUUCCUCAACAAGCUGCGCCCCAAGGAGGAGCCCCUUACGGCCGAUGACAUAGACAAGGGGAAAGCGACGGACAUGAUUACCAAGAUCAAGCACGGGGCCAAGGGCCGAUUCGCGGGCAUCAUGACGGAGAAGAGAAAGGCUCAGCGGCAGCAUCACAAGAUUGCCCAGUAUGAGGCGCGAGCGCGGCAGGAAAAGGUAUCUGUCGGCCCCCUUGCCUUCUAG